GGAUUGGUGUGCCUCGAGCACGCGCGUACGUGACGCAAUUACCUGUUCACACCGUCCUCCCGCUGACAUAAACCAAAAUGGCGACCACCAUUGGCCGACUGCUCAGGACCUCUGCACGUGUUGCAGCAGGAGGGCUGAAAGUCAGCGCAGCCUAUCAGCAUGGAGCCUCGGGGGCUGCAAGACUCCUCACUGCUCCUGCACUUCACCGGGCCUGUUGCCACACCAGCUCCUCCAGAUGGGCCCCUGCUGUCACUCAGCCUGCUCCUGCUUUUAACGGCACAGCCGUCCUCAAUGGAGAGUUCAAGGAGAUGAGUCUAAGUGAUUUCAAGGGCAAAUACCUGGUCCUCUUCUUCUACCCACUGGAUUUCACCUUCGUAUGUCCAACAGAGAUCAUCUCAUUCAGCGACAAGGCCAGUGAGUUCCAUGACAUCAACUGUGAGGUAGUGGGUGUGUCUGUUGACUCUCACUUCACCCACCUAGCAUGGAUCAACACUCCACGCAAGGCAGGAGGCUUGGGCCACAUUCACAUCCCUCUGCUCUCAGACCUCAAUAAGCAGAUGUCUAAGGACUAUGGGGUGCUGCUGGAGGGUCCAGGGAUCGCACUGAGGGGCCUGUUCAUCAUCGACCCAAAUGGUGUGGUGAGACACAUGAGUGUGAACGACCUGCCCGUGGGCCGUUCUGUGGAAGAGACUCUUCGUCUGGUGAAGGCAUUCCAGUUUGUGGAGACCCAUGGAGAGGUGUGUCCGGCCAGCUGGACCCCUAAGUCCCCAACGAUCAUACCAACCCCAGAAGGAUCUAAGAAGUACUUUGAAAAAGUCAACUGAAGACCAGGCUCACACUGCUUUCAGCUAGAACAGUAAAUGGUACAAAUCUAAAAAUACAAAUACAUGAACACUGUUCGUAGUUUAUAAAGUUGUCUGCUAUUCCACAGCUAGAUGCACUAAUAAACCUAUUCUUUAUAAAUAA